AGUCACUGCCUCUACCACCACCACCAGCAGAGCCUGAGCUGAGAGGAAACCACGGUUCUCACUACCCAGACGACCCCUUUCCAAUCGUUAAAACAUGGUGGAUUACUAUGAAGUUCUAGGAGUGCAGAGAUAUGCUUCACCUGAAGACAUUAAAAAGGCUUAUCGAAAAGUGGCACUUAAAUGGCACCCUGAUAAAAAUCCAGAAAAUAAAGAAGAAGCUGAGAGAAAAUUCAAAGAAGUAGCUGAGGCAUAUGAGGUAUUAUCAAAUGAUGAAAAACGGGACAUUUAUGAUAAAUAUGGCAAAGAAGGAUUAAAUGGUGGAGGCAGGAGUCGUUUUGAUGAUUCUUCUGAGUAUGGCUUCACAUUCCGUAAGCCAGAUGAUAUCUUUAAAGAAAUUUUUGGUGAAAAGGACUCUUUUUCAUUUCAUUUCUUUCAAGACUCACUUGAGGAACUUUUAAAUAAUCCAAGAAGCUCCUAUGGAAGCGGAAACAGAGGUACAAGAUCCUUUUUCUCUGCAUCCAGUGAAUACCCAGUGUUUGAGAGAUUUUCUUCAUAUGAUACAGGAUAUACACCAUAUGGUUCAUUGGGCCAAGAGGGCCUUAAUUCAUUCUCUUCUCUGGCAUUUGAGCAUAGUGAAAUUGGCAACUACGUAUCUGUUACAACUUCAGGUAAAAUUGUUAAUGACAGAAAUACUAAUACAAAGAGAAUUAUUGAGAAUGAUCAAGAAAGAGAAGAUGAAGAUGAUGGUGAGUUGAAAUCCUUUCUUUUAAAUGGUUUGGCAGAUGAAGAGAGCUCUGCAGAAGAAUGCAGCUGGAGAAGACAGUCAUUCAACAAUUAUUCACCGAAGUCCUACAGCCCCAAACAUGUAUCUCAGUAUACUUUUGUGGACAAUGAUGAGCAGGGUAUACCUUGGGUCACCAGCAACUGGAAUCCCUCUAUUUUCUCAUCGGGAUUCAAAGAAGGUGGUAAGAGGAAAAAAAAGAAGCAUAAAGAGGUACAGAAGAAGAAGUCAACCAAAAGGAAUCGUUAAACUGACUCUUUAGACACACUAUGUUCAUAUAACAUUUGAACACAA